AUGGCGUCGUCUACAGCCGAAGAACCUCUCUUGUCGAAUCAGCCUGGCGCGGAAGAAGAGGAGCAGAAUAGAGAUGAAGAUAUCUCAUUACUUCUCGAGAAGAAUUUAAGUAAACCAGGCUUAUUCGUUUGGUUACUUACUUUUUCGGCUGGAAUUAGCGGGCUGUUAUUUGGAUGCGUCAUAUCCUCCACGUUGAUAAGCCUCCAUAACUCUCUGGGACGUUCCUUAACAACCCUCGAUAAAUCCCUUAUAACAUCCUGUACCUCUCUCUUCGCACUCCUCAUCUCUCCUCUCUCGGGCGUGCUCGCUUCCUCCUUUGGUCGCAAACGCGUCGUUCUCCUCGCAGAUUUAGCAUUUGUUCUCGGCGCACUAAUCCAAGCAUUUACAACCACAGUAUGGGGUAUGAUCCUCGGAAGAAGUAUUGUAGGGCUCGCGGUCGGAGCGGGUAGUUUCGUGGCUCCAUUGUAUAUAAGUGAAUUGGCGCCUAGUAUGUGGAGAGGUAGAUUGGUGGUGUUGAAUGUGUUGUUUAUUACGUUGGGUCAGGUCGUGGCUUAUAUUGUGGGCUGGGCAUUUGUGGAAUGGGGAACUUUAGAGACGGGAUGGAGGUGGAUGGUUGGGUUGGGAGCGCUGCCGGCUCUGGUGCAGAUUUUGGUUAUGCUGUUUAUGCCUGAGACGCCGAGGUGGUUGGUACAGGUUGGGAGGGUAGAUGAGGGGAGAAGUGUUUUGAAUAAAGUUUUUGGAACCGGAUCGCAGAUGCAAAAGGUGGUAGAUGCUGUUUUGAAGGGGAUUGUGAGGGAAGUGAGAGAGGAAGAUGAGGCGAAGAGGUUAAGAGGCAUGGCGAGGAAGAAUAAGGGAUCGGAAGAUUCCUGGAUGAACGACGCGAAAGAUAGCUGGGAGGAAUUAAUAGGAGUCGGAGGAAAUAGAAGAGCUUUGAUAAUCGCUUGUCUAUUACAAGGUCUGCAACAAUUAUGUGGUUUCAACUCCCUAAUGUACUUCAGCGCCACAAUCUUCACCAUCCUCGGGUUCUCCUCCCCAACUCUCACAUCCCUCUCCGUCGCCCUCACAAACUUCAUCCUAACCUGCGCCGCUCUCCUACUCAUCGAUCGUAUCGGCCGUCGCCGCAUCCUCCUAAUCUCAAUCCCCAUAAUGAUCCUUGGACUCUUUUUCUGCUCCAUCGGUUUCCACUUCAUGGAUCUCCCCUCCACCUUCUCCACCAGCACCGUCCGUUCCCAACUCAAAACCUCCUCAAACCCCCCAUCCCGCCUCCCUCCCCUCCUAAUCCUCUUCUCCAUAACCCUCUACACCGCCUCCUUCGCUCUCGGCCUCGGAAACGUCCCCUGGAUGCAAUCCGAGCUCUUUCCUUUGUCCGUCCGCUCCCUCGGCUCCUCUCUCUCCACUUGUACAAAUUGGUCUGCGAAUUUUAUAAUUGGACUUACCUUUCUUCCCAUGAUGGAAUUUUUGUCCCCGCAAUGGACAUUUGUUGUUUAUGCGGGUAUAUGUGCGGCUGGUUGGGUCGCGGUUUGGAAUGUGUAUCCUGAGACGAGGGGGUUGGGGUUGGAGGAGGUGGGGGUGUUGUUGAGGGAUGGGUGGGGUGUUAGGGAGAGGGGACGGAGACGGGGAUGA